CCGCGGGGACGCGGCGGACACGGCCGGGCUCCGGGGACACGGCCCGGGCUCCGGGGAGGGGGGGAUUUGCCACAGCCACACCGACAGGUAGCGGGAUAAAGGCGGAUCCCAGCCGCGGCGCCCAGGCGAGCCCCUCACCCGCGUUCUCCGCCCGCCCGGGCGCGGCUGUGGGGAUGGAGGAGGGACGGCGGCGAGCGCAGCGCCGGGGUUGUGGCUCCGGGGAUCCUCGGCUCUGCCUUGGCGCUGAGGUGUGCUGACCAUGCUGCCCACGCCAGCGCCGCCGGUGAUCCCGCCCGUCUCCGAGACCCCUGUGGAGGAGGAGCAGUUUUAGGGUUUGCAGCGCAGCUCCAUGGACCCGGAGCCCCAUGCCAGCAUGCAGGUGGGGAUGCGGGUAGUCCGUGGAGUGGACUGGAAGUGGGGCAGCCAGGACAGCGGCGAGGGCAACGUGGGCACCGUGGUGGAGAUCGGCCGGACGGGCAGCCCCACCACGCCGGACAAGACCGUGGUGGUGCAGUGGGACCAGGGCAACAGAACCAACUACCGCACGGGCUUCCAGGGGGCUUACGACCUGCUGCUCUAUGACAACGCCCAGAUAGGUGUCCGUCACCCCAACAUCAUCUGUGACUGCUGCAAGAAGCACGGGAUCCGAGGAAUGAGGUGGAAAUGCAAAAUGUGCUUUGACUACGACCUGUGCACGCAGUGCUACAUGAACAACAAACACGACCUGUCCCACUCCUUCGAGCGCUACGAGACCGCUCACUCCCAGCCGGUCCUCGUGAGCCCUCGACAGAAUCUGACUCGCAUCACAUUAAAAGGGACUUUCCAGGGGGCUAAAGUGGUCCGUGGGCCUGACUGGGAGUGGGGUAACCAGGAUGGGGGCGAGGGUAAGACAGGCCGCGUGGUCGAUAUCCGGGGCUGGGACGUGGAGACCGGCCGCAGCGUCGCCAGCGUCACCUGGGCAGACGGGACCACCAACGUCUACAGGGUGGGCCACAAGGGAAAGGUGGACCUCAAAUGUACUGUGGAGGCUUCUGGGGGCUUCUACUACAAGGAGCACCUCCCAAAAUUAGGGAAACCAGCUGAGCUGCAGAGGAAGGAGAGCACAGACAGACAUCCCUUCCAGCACGGGGACAAGGUGAAGUGCCUGCUGGACAUCGACAUCCUGCGGGAGAUGCAGGAGGGCCACGGAGGCUGGAAUCCCAAAAUGGCUGAGUUCAUUGGCCAGACAGGGACCGUGCACAGGAUCACGGACAGAGGGGACGUGAGGGUCCAGUUCAACAGUGACACCCGCUGGACCUUCCACCCUGGAGCCCUGACCAAGCUCAACACGUUUUGGGUUGGUGAUGUGGUCCGGGUGAUAGAUGAUAUGGAAACAGUGAAGCGGUUCCAACCUGGUCAUGGGGAGUGGACAGAUGAGAUGGCACCUACCCUGGGGCACAUUGGGAAGGUGAUCAAGGUCUAUGGGGACGGAGAUCUGCGGGUGUCAGUGGGGGGACAGUCCUGGACCUUCAACCCUGCCUGCCUGACAGCCUACCAGAGGGAGGAGGAGGCCAACCUGAUGACCACAGAGAGCGCCAAGGAACCCAAAAGUACUUUGGUGACUGUCCUGGAGAAGCUGCUGUCCCAGAGGACGGAGUCAGAGCAUGCAGGGUGCCUGGUCAUUUGUGCAGCCCUCAAUAAUGCAGCCAAAGUCCGGGAGCUGCUCCAGAAAUACCCAGACAAGGUGGAUGCCAAGAACCAGGGCAGGACUGCCCUGCAAAUUGCCUCUUACCAGGGGCACCUGGAGGUGGUGAAGCUGCUGCUGCAGGCACACGCCAGCGUCGACCUGCGGGACGACGAGGGGGACACGGCGCUGCACUACGCGGCCUUCGGAAAUCAAGCUGAAGUUGCCCGUGUGCUGCUGGCUAAAGGAGCCAGUGCAGACCUGCUGAACAAUGCCAAGUGCACAGCCCUGUACGUCGCUGUCAGCCAGGGCUUUACAGAGGUGGUGAGGGCCCUCUGUGAGCUCAACUGUGAUGUCAACCUCCCAGAUGCCCAGGGAGACACCCCCCUGCACUACGCUAUCACUCUGGACUACAAAGUCGUCAUUGAGAUCCUCACUGAAGUUCCCAACAUAGAUUUCACUGUCCAGAACUGUCAAGGCUUCAACUUGCUCCACUAUUCUGCCCUGAAAGGCAACAAGCUGGCCAUAAAGAAGAUUCUGGCCAGGGCUCGGCAGCUGGUGGACUCCAAAAAGGAAGAUGGCUUCACUGCCCUGCACCUUGCUGCUCUCAAUAACCACAUGGAAGUGGCUGAAAUCCUCAUCAAAGAGGGCCGCUGCGACGUCAACGUGAAGAACAACCGCAACCAGAGCCCGCUGCACCUGGCCGUGAUCCAGGGCCACGUGGGCAUGGUGCAGCUGCUGGUGAGCCAGGGCAGCGACGUCAACGCCGAGGACGAGGACGGGGACACGGCCAUGCACAUCGCCCUGGAGCGCCAGCAGCUGAUGGCCCUGGCCAUGGAGAAGAGGGAGGGGGAGAUGGGAGCGUCCCUCCUGUCCAAGCUGCAGGCUUCUGGCUUCCUGGGAAACGUGGAGCUGAACGUGGGGACUGCCAUUGCCUGCUACUUAGCACAAGAAGGAGCAGAUAUUAAUUAUGCAAAUCAUCGGGGAAAGUCUCCUUUGGACCUCAUUACGGAUGGAAGGAUUGUGCAGAUCGUCAAAGACCUCUCACAGAAAUUCAGGGAACAGCGGGUUUCUUCUGAGAGCUCAACCAUCACCUGCAGCCUUCGCCGUGUGCACACCACGCCCAACACCAUGACCAACCUCAGCGUCUCCAGCGUGGCAGUGCCCACAGAGUGCCUGGUCUGCUCAGAGCUGGCCUUGCUCAUCCAUUUCUUCCCAUGCCAGCACAGCAUUGUGUGUGAAGAAUGCUCCAGGAGGAUGAAGAAGUGCAUCAAAUGUCAAGUGACAAUAACCAAAAAGCUGAAACAAGACAGCACGGAGGUGCAGUGCAGCCCCAGCUGCGAGGGCACGGAGCAGAGGAAGCUGAUGGAGGAGCUGCAGAGCCGCUACCGGCAGAUGGAGGAGAGGAUCACCUGCCCCAUCUGCAUCGACGACCAGAUCAAACUGGUGUUCCAGUGCGGGCACGGCUCCUGCCCCGACUGCAGCACGGCGCUCACCGUGUGCCCCAUCUGCCGCCAGGCCAUCCGCGAGAGGAUCCACAUCUUCGUCUGACGGGCGCCCGGAGGGGAGUGCCAGGGAGGAGGAGGAGGAGGAGGAGGAGGAGGAGGAGGAGGAGGGGGAGGAAUUCCCUCUCCCCAGGGAAAAGGGACAGCCCCUCCCUCAGCACGGCCACCGCUGCAGCGAGCGCACUUGCAGAGCGGAGCUGGACCGAGUCCCUGGGGUGCUCCAGAGGCAGCCAGGACUGCUCCCACCCCAUUCCCCAGGAGAUCCCGGGAAUCAGCUCUUCUGGUCCCAUCCAAGGAGGAGAUGUCCCCACUCAGCCCCCUCUGAACCCUGGGGCUCGGCUCUGCUGGUCCCAUCCGGGGAGAUCUCCCCAAAAAUCCCCUCUGAACCCUGGGGCUUGGCUCUCCUGAUCCUAUCCAAGGAGGAGAUAUCCCCAGAAAUCCCCUCUGAACCCUGGGGCUCAGCUCUCCUCAUCCCAUGCAAGGAGAUCUCCCCAAACAUCCCCUCUGAACCCUGGGGCUCGGCUCUGCUGAUUCCAUCCAAGGAGGAGAUGUCCCCACACAGCCCCCUCUGAACCCUGGGGCUUGGCUCUCCUGAUCCCAUGCAAGGAGAUCUCCCCAAAAAUCCCCUCUGAACCCUGGGGCUCAGCUCUCCUGGUCCCAUCCAGGGAGAUCUCCCCAAAAAUCCCCUCUGAACCCUGGGGCUCAGCUCUCCUGAUCCCAUCCAAGGAGGAGAUAUCCCCAAACAUCUCCUCUGAACCCUUGGGCUCAGCUCUCCUGAUCCCAUCCAAGGAGGAGAUAUCCCCAAAAAUCCCCUCUGAACCCUGGGGCUCAGCUCUCCUGAUUCCAUCUGGGGUGGAGAUCUCCCCAAACAUCCCCUCUGAACCCUGGGGCUCAGCUCUCCUGAUUCCAUCCAGGGAGAUCUCCCCAAAAAUCCCCUCUGAACCCUGGGGCUCAGCUCUGCUGAUCCCAUCCAGGGAGAUCUCCCCACUCAGCCCCUCUGAACCCUGGGGCUCAGCAGCAGCAGACCUGGAUGUCAGGAGGUCCUGAGACAGAGCGUGUGCCUUAGAGAAAAAGUAGUGAACACUGAUUGGAGAAAAUCUGUUACAACAAAUAUUUCUGACCUCUAAGUGACACUCUUCUUCUUCUUCUUCUUCUUCUUCUUCCAUAUUUUAUUUUAUUUUUUUUGGCAGAGCCGUGUGUUCAGAGACUCCUGAGCUUUCUAUCCAUAAUGCCAAAGGCAGGUGUUAAAUACUCCAAUCAAAGUGUAAAGAAAAUAAAUAGUAAUAAUUAAGAUACGAGGGGGAGGAAAAAAAAAAAGGGAUUUCAUUUUUGUUCCUUUGUUUUGCAGCAAAACUUAAUAAAAUAAAAAUAUAUAUUUUCCUGAGCAUUAAAAAUGAAUGUACAAACAGUAGCUGCACUAUGGAUCCAGCUGUGUUGUUUUCCAGCUGAGUGAAGAAUUAUUAUCCACUGAAUCAUCCUGUAAAGUAAAUUUUGGUGAAGUGUG